AAUUUCAUUCAAUCCCAAUGUUUUGAGGGAUUAAGUAGUUUGCUAUAAAAACUUAUAAGACUAGUUUCUAAAAAACGAUGAUUUCGAAAAGUGUAACUUUUAGCGCUUUGAUAGUAAUUUUGAUAGCAGGGGUUGGUAAUUUAUCAAUGGCCAAAGCCGAUUGGUCACUCGAAAAAUAUACUGUUGAAGGCUCUCCAGCAGUGAUAAGUCGUCAAAUUGAUGUUGAUUUUGAAAAACCAAUUAUUCGUAAAAGUGAGCGAAAAACGGAUGAAGAAAUAAAUUUAGGAUUUCGUAUUCUCGAAGCUACAAAAUGUGGCAAAAGGGAAAUAGAAUUAACAACAACUACUGAUAAAACACCUCAGCCACAGGAAUUCCCAUGGAUGGCAUUAUUGGUAUAUUUUGAUGGUUUAACUAGAACUCUAGGUUGUGAUGGUUCUUUGAUCACUGAAAGAUAUGUCUUGACUACAGCGCAAUGUAUUCGUAUUGAAAAUAAAACCUUAGUAAGUGUUAGAUUAGGUGAAUAUAAUACAAUGGAGAGGGACGACUGUACCGGAAAUGAAAUUAACCGAAACUGCGCUCCACCUGUUCAAGAAAUCGAUGUUGAGGAAGCAAUUUACUACAAUGAUUAUGAUCCAAAUUCAAUAUCUUUUAUUGGAGAUAUUGGUCUUGUUCGACUUAAAACUAAGGCGAUUUUACGAAGUAAUGUUAUGCCAAUAUGUCUUCCAUUAACACAUCAAUCCAAAGUGGAAACAAACAAAUGGAUGUCAAUUGCUGGAUGGAAUAGAUUGAACAAAGAUCUAAAAUCUAAUUUGCCAUUUAAAGCUUUAAUACCAACAAUUAAUUAUCAAGAAUGCCAAGGAAUUCAUAUUUUCAUUGAUUUAGUAGACAAACAUAUGUGCGUUGGAGAAGAUAAUUAUGUAGUGAAUAAUUAUUGUAAAGGAGAUUCUGGAUCAUCAAUAUUUUCAACAGCUUUUUAUGCUAAUGGUGGACAACCACGUUUUGUUCAGUAUGGUAUCGUAUCGCUUUAUGGACAAUUUUGCAAUUCUGUGCUGCCAAGUAUUUAUGUAAAUGUUACAUCAUAUUUACCUUGGAUAGCUGGAAAUAUUCGUCAUUAAAUUGAAAUUUCUUAUUAUUGUUUAGUAAUAAUUUGAAUGAUAAAUAAACUCAAUAAAAUAAUGCCAACAGCAUUAUUAUGCAUAUGAA